CUCAACACGAAACUGUGUUACUCGUGGAUGUCAUGAAGGCUACUGCUAUCAAAAACCCGGCCUUAUUUACCUGACCCGCAGACCGCUCUCCCGAGCUUCUCCAUGGCAUUCAACUUCGGUUGCGGAAAGCCAAGCAUCAUGGAGUCGAGUCAGCAAUGAGACGUCCCCUUUCUCUGCUGAUUCCGUAGCUCUGCUUAUCCAUCGCCGAAGCCGACCCCGCACGCCAAUAACUCGGGGAUUGUGUUAUACCAGUAGCCUCAUGGGAGUAGAGUUGCGAAUCUCAGAUAUUUCGUAGACUUCACGCAUGGAUUCUCACUUCUAGAUCUCCUGUCUCGUCAUUCUUAUUCAUACAUAGGAAAUUCAAAAGCCCCAAUCAUCCCCCUUCUCUUCUUUCGAAUAUCUCGUCUGCGCUCUUUCUUCCUCCUCCUCCAAAAUGUCCCUCUUCCAACCCGACGCCUCCACCUUCCACAACCUCAAAUCCAACCCCAAAACCAUCGUCAUCACAGGCGGUGCCUCAGGCAUCGGCCUCGCAACCGCCACUCUCCUGUGCUCCCUGAAUCCAGCCCACAACCUCGUUCUCAUCGACCUCAACGACCCACCCUCCACCUUCAAUCACCCUCCCUCAAACCUCCUCAUCCACAAAUGCAACAUCACCUCCUGGAACGCCCAACGCUCCGGCUUCGAAGCCGCCUACUCCCGCUUCGGCCGCAUCGACUGCGUUUUCGUCAACGCGGGAAUAGCCGAGUACCAAGACCAGUUUUUCGGGGAUGAGUUAGAUUCCGAGGGCAAGUUGAAGGAGCCGGAUAGGCGGGUGUUGAAUAUCGAUAUGGAUGCUGCGGCCGAUACGACAAAGUUGGCGAUUCACUAUCUCAGGAAGAAUAAGGAGGGCGGGCAGAUUGUCCUGACGGCGAGUUUGGCCGGGUAUUUGGCGAGCGCGGGGGCGCCGUUGUACAGUGCCGCGAAGCAUGGCGUCGUAGGCCUCAUGCGCGCCCUCAAACAGGAAUGCGCCAAACUCCACAUCGCCAUCUCCGUCGUCGCCCCCGCCAUAACCAUUACACCCAUCAUCAGCGGCAACAACCGCAGCAUGAUGGACAAAGCCCCCGAAGCCUACGCCCGGGACAUGGCCGCUCGAGGCGUCCCCAUCAACAAGCCCGAAAGCAUCGCGUUGGCAGUGUGCUGGCUGUUCGAUCAGGAGAUGAAGGCGAAUGGGGCGGGGAUCUUUGUUCAGGCCGAUCGGUUUGUGGAUCUUGAGAGGGGGUUGGCGAGGAGUAGGGAGGUGUGGAUGGGGAGGGAGAUGUUGGAUUUGUUUAGAGGGGGUAGGAAGGCUCCACUGUUUCAGAGGUUGGAUGGGACGAAUCCGACGAAACCGCAACUGAAGUUGUAGAGGUGCGUGAAGGGAGCAGUUGGCGUGAGAUGUAUAUCAUGUCGACGUUGAAAUGGAGUGGAUACGAGAUAUUGACUCCGUGAUGCUAACAUCUGGCCUUGCCGGGAAAUUGUGCUUGGUGUCUGAGUGAUAACUUCGCUCAGAAAAACUGGAGUGUUAUGCUUCCCGGCAGGCCUACGGUUUCAUAUACCUCUUUGCACCAUAUGCUCCGACAUGAAAAGGGUCCGCUUCUUCAAAAGCAUCAAAGUCACCUACCCGAAGGGUUACUCACCUGAAGCCAUCCAACCUCAUAUUUACUCACCUCCAUCCCCCUCCCAGGAUCCCAUGUAUACACCCC